GCUUGUUGCUAGAGAACAUCAACAGAAGAAGAAGCGCGGAGAUUUGAAAACAAAAAUGGCGGAUAUUCGAGGAAUUCUGCAGCGCUGUGAUCCGGAUCUGUUGGAGCCCGGCGGGGAAUCCGAACCGGACUGUGCGGAAGCGGCAGGAAUGGUUAAUUUCCUCACGGAGAGACGACGUGUGCAGAAGGUUCUGUGGCGUCAGCUGUUUGUUCUAGACUCCAUGAUGUCCUUACUGGAGGGUCUGACGUCUGCCCAGCAACUGAUGACACAACCCUGUCCCCCGCAGCCAGAGGGUGGGGCUCACAGCAGGUGGAAGGCUCUGAAGGCGGAGAACAGGUCAGGAAUGGAGAAGACGGAGACAUUGCUCAUGUCCCUACAGGAACGAGUCCAACAGAUCAAUAACAGAAGACACAGACUUACACAGCUGGUUCAGCAGCUCCAUAGCAAGCGCCAGGAGCAGGAACAGCUCACGGUGUCACUGCUGAAGGCCCAGAAUGCUUUGCGGUCAUGUGAUCACCAGUUGAGGCAGCUGAAGGCGGAGUCAGAGGCAGCACUUAGUCAGCUGAUCUCAUGGCAGCGGAUUAGAGACACGCUGCAGGAACAUGUUGGCGCCAUGCAGGAAGUCAUGCAGAUCAAACUUAUCUCCUUCAACCAGUCAGAGGUGCUUGUAGAGAUCAGGCCACGCCUCUCUUCCAAUUCUUCGGCCAGUGAGCUAGAGCCGCUGAGGCUGUCGAUCACCUGCUGCCAUGACGACAGAUUCAUCCUGCGAAUAACGAAUUCUGACCAGCAGCAGCAGGUGAAUGAGGAGCUGGCUGGCCUGGCGGGGGACUCCAGUUCGGGCUGCUGGACCGAGCUGAGCGCCUCCCUGGUGGAGGUGUUGCAGUACUACAUGGGUCAGGUUGAGCUGCUGUGCGAGAUCCGGUCCCUGAGAUCCAGGUUUGCCAUUGACUGGUGCCCUGCUCAGCGACUGCUGAUCUACUUGAAGUCUGCGUCACUGGUGUGUCACCUGGAAGUGGAGGAGGGGUACCCGAGUGGCGGGAGAACUCGGCUGUGCUCAGUGCGGCGGGACGGACAACCCAUUAACAUGUCGGGACUAAAGCCUCAUAAAGCUGAGCUCUCUCUGACCGAGUGGCUGGUUUUCCUCUGCAGCAGUCCACUCAUCUGAAGACACUUCGUUCUCUCCUCCUCUUCCUCCUUCAUCCGAGCAGCAGAUGUCCUUCUGUCACCUGCUUUCAUCUCAUCAUUUAAUCAACAUGUUCUUUUGUUGCUCCGGUGUGUUUCUUAGCUGUUGGUGUGUUUUCCGCUGGUUCUAUGUGUUAUUUUGAUAUCAUAAAAUAAACUGAUUUUAACGCAA